ACUGGGCUCUGCUCCUAUAUCCCCACUGCUGCUGCCAAUGGGGAAUCCCCCAUCUCAGGGCUGCAGAAUAUAGGGCUGCAGAAUAUAGGGCUGCAAUGUAUUGCCCUGCUCAGACCCACCCUGUGCAUUCCCCCUCCCUGCAGUGCUGGCAGCCCCAUGGUUUGGCAGCCUGGGCUAUAUUUGGGCUGUGCCCUCUAUGCUGUUCUCCAAAGCCUUGCUUUGCUGUGGUUUGGGCUGGGAUUUGAAGCACAGCACAGAGACUCUGGGUGCUCCGUGAUCUGUGCAUUCAUUCCCUGUCUGCUAACGGGAACACUCAGAGAAUGAGGCUCGUGUUUGCCUGGGGUCGGGUGGGUGAGAUAUGGGGUUUGGCAGGUGCUCGUGGAAUGUCAUGCAGGAAAGGCAGCCAGAAGGAGAUGCUGCACCUCCAUGGGCUGCACACCCCAUUGCCCGUGGUCCGCUGUGGUUUGUCAUACGGAGCUGCAGAAAAUGAUACGUUUCCCCAUGUGCUUUUUCUGUCUCUGAACCCCACAGGGCUGAGGGCUGAGCGUGUUGCUGGGAGGCAGAGGCAGUGCUGGGGCUGAAGCACUUCGGGACCUCACGAGGAGUAUGGCAGACCCCGAAGACCCCCGUGAUGCUGGGGACGUGCUGGGGGAUGAUUCCUUCCCACUCUCCUCACUGGCCAACCUGUUUGAGGUGGAGGACACCCCAUCUCCUGCUGAACCAUCCCGGGGUCCCCCCGGUGCUGGGGAUGGAAAGCAAAACCUCCGGAUGAAAUUCCAUGGAGCAUUCCGGAAAGGACCCCCGAAACCCAUGGAGCUGCUGGAGUCCACCAUCUACGAGUCAUCAGUGGUCCCCGGACCCAAGAAAGCCCCCAUGGAUUCCCUCUUUGACUACGGCACCUACAGGCAGCACCCCAGCGAGAACAAGCGUUGGCGCAGGAGGGUCGUGGAGAAGCCAGUGGCUGGCACCAAAGGGCCGGCUCCCAACCCACCGCCCGUCCUCAAGGUGUUCAACAGACCCAUCCUCUUUGACAUUGUCUCCCGGGGGUCUCCAGAUGGCCUGGAGGGUCUCCUCUCCUUCCUGCUCACCCACAAGAAGCGUCUGACAGAUGAGGAGUUCCGAGAGCCCUCGACAGGGAAGACGUGCCUACCCAAGGCGCUGCUCAACCUGAGUGCAGGAAGGAAUGACACCAUCCCCAUCCUCCUGGACAUCGCCGAGAAGACAGGGAACAUGAGGGAGUUCAUCAACUCGCCCUUCCGUGAUGUCUACUAUCGAGGUCAGACAGCGCUGCACAUCGCCAUUGAGCGCCGCUGCAAGCACUACGUGGAGCUGCUGGUGGAGAAGGGAGCUGAUGUGCAUGCCCAGGCCCGUGGUCGCUUCUUCCAGCCCAAGGAUGAGGGUGGCUACUUCUACUUUGGUGAGCAGAGGGGAUGGAUGGCACCACAGCCGCAUCCUCAGGGCUGUCCCCAAUCGUGUGCUGUCCCUGCAGGAGAGCUGCCCCUCUCCCUGGCUGCCUGCACCAACCAGCCCCACAUCGUGCACUAUCUGACGGAGAAUGGGCACAAGCAGGCAGACCUGAGGCGCCAGGACUCGCGUGGCAACACCGUGCUGCAUGCUCUGGUUGCCAUUGCUGACAACACCCGUGAGAACACCAAGUUUGUCACCAAGAUGUACGACCUGCUCCUCAUCAAGUGUGCCAAGCUCUUCCCCGACACCAACCUCGAGGCCCUGCUCAACAACGAUGGCCUCUCUCCACUCAUGAUGGCUGCCAAGACCGGCAAGAUCGGGAUCUUCCAGCACAUCAUCCGCCGGGAGAUUGCGGAUGAGGACGUCCGGCACCUCUCACGCAAGUUCAAGGAUUGGGCGUAUGGCCCCGUCUACUCCUCACUCUACGAUCUCUCCUCACUGGAUACCUGCGGGGAGGAUGUGUCUGUGUUGGAGAUCCUCGUUUACAACAGCAAGAUUGAGAACCGCCAUGAGAUGUUGGCCGUGGAGCCCAUCAAUGAACUGCUGCGCGACAAGUGGCGCAAGUUCGGUGCCGUCUCCUUCUACAUCAGUGUGAUCUCCUACCUCUGUGCCAUGAUCAUCUUCACCCUCAUCGCCUAUUACCGCCCCAUGGAAGGCCCUCCACCAUACCCCUACACUACGACAGUUGACUACCUGCGGCUGGCCGGGGAGAUCAUCACCCUCCUCACCGGCAUCCUCUUCUUCUUCUCCAAUAUCAAAGAUCUCUUCAUGAAGAAGUGCCCAGGUGUGAACUCGUUCUUCAUCGAUGGCUCCUUCCAGUUGCUCUACUUCAUCUACUCAGUGCUGGUGAUCGUCACAGCAGGGCUGUACCUGGGAGGUGUUGAGGCUUACCUGGCUGUCAUGGUCUUUGCUUUGGUCCUGGGCUGGAUGAAUGCACUCUACUUCACGCGAGGGCUCAAGCUGACGGGGACCUACAGCAUCAUGAUCCAGAAGAUCCUCUUUAAAGACCUGUUCCGCUUCCUCCUGGUUUAUCUGCUCUUCAUGAUCGGCUAUGCCUCAGCACUGGUGUCCCUCCUGAACCCGUGUCCCAGCAGUGAGUCCUGCAGUGAGGAUCAUUCCAACUGCACACUGCCCACCUACCCCUCAUGCCGAGACAGUCAGACCUUCAGCACCUUCCUGCUUGACCUCUUCAAGCUCACCAUUGGUAUGGGUGACCUGGAGAUGCUGGAAAGUGCCAAGUACCCUGGCGUCUUCAUCAUCCUGCUUGUCACCUACAUCAUCCUCACCUUCGUGCUGCUCCUCAACAUGCUCAUCGCCCUCAUGGGUGAGACCGUGGGCCAGGUGUCCAAGGAGAGCAAACACAUCUGGAAGUUGCAGUGGGCCACCACCAUCCUGGACAUCGAGCGCUCCUUUCCUCUCUUCCUGCGGAGAGCAUUCCGCUCUGGGGAGAUGGUGACCGUGGGGAAGGGCACUGAUGGGACCCCCGACCGCCGCUGGUGCUUCAGGGUGGAUGAGGUGAACUGGUCCCACUGGAACCAGAACUUGGGCAUCAUCAGCGAGGACCCAGGGAAGAGCGACACGUACCAGUACUAUGGCUUCUCCCACACCGUGGGGCGGCUGCGGAGAGGUGAGCAGGGUGGGGGCAGCCCUGGGCCCACAGGUGAGUGUGGAGCUGUGGGCUCUGAGUGUUCCAUUUCUGCAGAUCGAUGGUCAACGGUGGUGCCACGCGUGGUGGAGCUCAACAAGAGCUGUCCAACGGAGGAUGUGGUUGUGCCAUUGGGGACCAUGGGCACAGCAGAGGCACGGGAACGACGGCAUGGGCAUACCCCCAGCUCCCCGCUCUAGCAAGGACUGUGCCUGGCCCCACAGCACCAGUGUGUGUCUGUUCCUCAGGGAUCUGUGCAGCCAAUGUCCCUGCAGCACCCAUCACAUUGGGGUCCCACUCCUGGCGAUGCUGGGGGUCUCCCGGUGCCAUCGCUUUGCACCAUUGGCUGCAUUGUGCCAGCAGCUGAGUGCUGGGAGCUCCCCUGUCACCAACCAUCUCAGCCAAUGGCUUUAGCCCCAAGGAUUAUUUUGUUGGUUUUGGUUUUUAUUUUGCACAAGAUUUAUACGACUAUUUAUUUCGUAAUAAAAGAGCAGCCACCACGGCCUCGUCUCAUCCAGUGCGAUCAGCAGGGAGAAUAUCGCAGUAUGCACACCCCUAGUGCACACUCGUUGCUCUGCCCAUCUCGCAGAGCACCCCACUCCCACCGG